AUGGGUUCGACGGGGCUAACGCUGGCUGAUUUGCCCAAUAUUUUUAUUAUGAUAGGCGCUCUCAUUUCGCUAUUCGUAAUGCUAGUCAUACUGCUUAGGAACAUGGAGGUGAUAGGUAUUGUUGGCGAAGGGCGGGAGGAGACGUGGCCUCGCUCGAUGCAGCCGCCACGACUUCUCAUGCAGAGGGUCCACAUACCUUUCACGUUCAAGGUCAUGGAGAACGAGCCUAUUGGAUAUGGUGGUGUAAACUGCUGUGUGUCGUCAACAGUCCGUUAUUGGCACGCGUGUUGGUGGGGCGCACCCGUCCGGGACCUUCACCAGACCCUUUGGGGGACCCUGCCGGAGAUACUCGCUUCAAAUCACUUGAAUUUUACAAGCAGGCCGUUUAUUAGUUCGGUGGCGUGCGAUUCUUUAUUGGUGUCCCAAUUUGCGAAAUUGCAGCUGUCUGGUAGACUAGCACCCAAAGUAUUAUACCUUAACAUAUAG